AUGACUUAUCGUACUACUCUGGAUCUGUUGUUCAAAUUGCAUAGAUACUUUCCAAACUAUGAAUGUGACAUGCAUAAAAAUGUAAUGGCCAUCAUCGGGGGACUUGACUCUGAUAUUUCCUUCUAUAUGGCAAACAUCCUACGUCUUUACAAGGUACCACAGUUCCCAUAUGGCUCAUUUGCACCCAAGGAGAAGGAUGCGACGCUAUUGACUUCCUUUUUUCAUAGGGUUCCCAAUGAAUCCCAUCAGUAUAUGGGGAUUAUCUGGUUGCUUCAGCAUUUUGGAUGGACGUGGGUUGGGGUCUUUGCUGCAGACGAUGAUCGUGGAGACCAUUUUCUACGGGUCCUGGAGCCAUUGCUCUCCAAGAAUAGAAUCUGUUUGGCCUUCACUCAAAACAUCUUAGAUCGGGAAUAUGCAAAUUCUUUUGAUGUUUUCUUCGAUAUACUAUCAAAUUUAUAUGUACCUUUUAUUGAUAGCAAAAUCAAUGCAUUUAUCCUGUAUGGAGAAUCUUUGACUAGUACGGCACUUAACACAUUUCUGUUGGUAGGUGAUCUUAGAUAUAAGGAAAACAUCUCGUUUAGGAAGGUGUGGAUCAUGACAGCCCAGGGUGAUUUUGUUUUGUCAGGCAUUCAAAAGCAAUGGGAUUUUGAAUUCUUCCAUGGUGCCAUUGUCUUCAAAAUUCCCUCAAAUGAGCUUCCAGGAUUCUCCAAAGUUCUUCAGGAUAUAAAACCUUCUGGAGAACAUAAAGAUGGGUUCCUCAAGGAUUUCUGGGAGCAAGCAUUUGACUGCACAUUUUCAAAUGCCUCGGAGUCCAUGGAUGUUCAUGAUGCAUGUACUGGACAAGAGAGGUUGGAGAGCCUACCGGGGCCUCUUUUUGAAAUGCACAUGACCAGCCAAAGCUACACUAUCUAUAAUGCUGUCUAUGCCAUAGGGCAUUCUUUGCAACAGAUAUACUCAUCCAGAUCCAGCCAGAGAUUAAGCAAGGAUUUUAAACAUGUCCAGCCAUGGCAGGGGCUACCCCUGUCUCGGUGUAAUGAUCACUGUAAGCCUGGCUACCGGAAGGAAAAGAAGAAAGGGGAGAAGUUUUGCUGUUACAAUUGUACUCUAUGCCCAGAAGGGAAGAUCACAAACCAAAAGGAUAUGGAAGACUGUAUCAAGUGCUCAGAGGAUCAGUAUCCAAGCACAGAACGUGAUCGGUGUAUACCCAAGAGUUUAAACUUUCUGUCUUAUCAAGAACCUUUAGGAAUCAGUUUGACUGCCAUUGCUCUUUCUUUUUUACUGACCACAUCUUUGAUUCUAGCAAUUUUUAUUAAGCACAAAGAUACCCCCUUAGUUAAGGCCAACAACCGUGAUAUCACCUACUAUCUCCUCAUUUCCCUCUUGCUUUGCUUCCUCUGUUCUUUGCUCUUUAUUGGACAUCCCAGGAAGAUGACCUGUUUCAUCCAACAAUCCGCCUUCAGUAUCAUUUUCUCAGUGGCUGUUUCUUGUGUAUUGGCCAAAACUAUCACGGUGGUUGUAGCUUUCAUGACUGCCAUCCCAGGAUCCAACAUGAGGAAGUGGGUGGGGAAAAGACUGGCCAACACUAUUGUCCUCUCCUGUUUCCAUAUAGAAGCAGCCAUUUGUCUAGUGUGGCUAGUAACCUCCCCUCCAUUCCCAGAUAUUGACACACAAUCCCUGACUAGGGAGAUCAUAGUCCAGUGCAAUGAAGGAUCCAUCAUUCUAUUUUAUAUUUCCUUGGGCUAUAUGGGAAUUCUGUCCAUCAUAAGCUUGACUGUGGCUUUCCUAGCCAGAAAUUUGCCAGACAGCUUCAAUGAAGCCAAGUUCAUCACCUUCAGUAUGUUGGUGUUCUGCAGUGUUUGGUUGUCAUUCAUUCCAACCUAUCUGAGCACCAAAGGGAAAUACAUGGUAGCUGUGGAAGUCUUCUCGAUCUUGGCAUCCAGUGCUGGGUUAUUGACUUGUAUCUUUUUCCCAAAAUGCCAUAUUAUUCUUCUGAGACCUGAGCUGAAUAACAAGCAUCAGAUAAUCAGGAGGAAUAUUUAA